AUGGCGGCACGCAAAGACGUCGAGCGAGCAUCUGGUGUUUUGCAGAAAAGGUGGUGUAUUUUGAGCAUGCCUUGUAGAUUGUAUGAAAAAGAUCAAAUAAGAAACGUGAUGUACGCGUGCAUCAUUCUACACAACAUGAUUUUGGAGGAUGAAGGGCAUGCAAUAGUUGAAUAUUAUGGCGAGGAGACUGAAUCAAAUAACGAAGACAUUUGUAACGAAGAGAGAACGCAAUACCAAAAUCUAAUCGAGUCAAGACAAAUAAAUUCAAACCUUCGAGCUGAUUUGGUUGAACAUGUUUCGACGCUUCCUAGAUUCAACUCCAUUGAAGAUGAAGAUGAUUGA